GUGUGCGUGUUUUGGUCGGGCCCAGGCGGCGGCGGAAGCCAGCGGCGGGCUGGGUGAGGCACGGCUGCGCCCCCGCCCCGCGCCCCGCCGAGGAGCCGCCUCCCCUGUCCCCCUCCUCCAACCCACCGUGCCCCGGCUCACCCGCUGGCCCCGCCGGACGCACAGACGUGGCUGCGCCGCCGCCAGACUUCCUCGGCUCGGCCUCCCCUCCUCCGCGCGCGGCCGCCGCGGCCUGGCCAGGUGAGGAGGCUGUUACUGGCAGAAGUAUUGCAGAGAUCUGAAUCCUGGAACUUGCUUUUGAGACCUUGAAACAAAGGACUUCUUUGUAAUUUGGACAUGGCUAAUCGAGGAGCCACAAGACCCAAUGGGCCAAAUGCUGGAAAUAAAAUUUGUCAGUUCAAAUUAGUACUUCUAGGAGAGUCUGCAGUUGGCAAAUCAAGUUUGGUGCUUCGUUUUGUAAAAGGACAGUUUCAUGAGUUUCAAGAAAGUACGAUUGGAGCUGCUUUUCUAACCCAGACUGUAUGUCUUGAUGAUACAACGGUAAAAUUUGAAAUCUGGGAUACAGCUGGGCAAGAACGGUACCACAGUUUAGCACCCAUGUACUACAGAGGAGCACAAGCAGCUAUAGUGGUAUACGACAUUACAAAUGAGGAGUCCUUUGCGAGAGCGAAAAACUGGGUCAAAGAACUUCAGCGACAAGCAAGUCCUAACAUUGUAAUAGCUUUAGCAGGAAACAAAGCUGAUCUAGCUAACAAAAGAGCUGUGGAUUUCCAGGAAGCACAGGCUUAUGCAGAUGACAACAGCUUACUGUUCAUGGAGACAUCUGCCAAAACAUCUAUGAACGUUAAUGAAAUAUUCAUGGCAAUUGCCAAAAAAUUGCCCAAGAAUGAACCACAGAAUGCAGGAGCCAACUCUGCCAGAGGAAGAGGAGUAGACCUUACUGAACCCACACAACCACCCAAGAGUCAAUGUUGUAGUAACUAAACCAUCAGUUGCUUUAAACUGUUCUGAGUAUUCUUCUGCUUCCUAACUGUUAAUAACCAUGGAAUUGGAGUGCUUAACCUGGCCCAGUACUGCUUCCAAACAGCAAAGAGACUUAUGAUAAUAGUCAAAUUCAUGAUACAGAGUUUUCUUUUGACCUAAAAUUUUAACAUGCAUGUAUCCACCACUGGCUGUAAUGUUUCAGCAGUAGAGGAGAGAUGAAAUCGGAAUAAACUUCCAUCAGGUGAAAGGUUUCAAGAAUGAUUUGCCAUUAGAGGUGUAGAAUGACUACUUUCUGUGGACCUAAUUGGCCAGUUCCUAUAGCCUCAAUACUGAUUACUGGUAAAAUAAAUAGAAUUGGGACUUCUCAUAAUACUCAAUUAUACUUUAAAACCUUUUUAGAAACAGGGUAAUUUUUAAUUACUUAUUCACAGUAUUGAUGCAACCAGUUGUUUCUGCAGGUGUCUACUCUUUAGUUAUACAUUCCAUAGUUGAAUAAUUACAAAUAAUACUUGCAUUAACAAUUUUAAGAACCCUGUGCUUGCAAGAAAGUGGAGUUUUAGUUCGUACACUGUACGUAAAUUAUACAACCCGGUUAGUUAUCUAAGGGAUUUAGUGAUAAAUCAAGUUUAACUUCAUUGCUAAUCUGCUCAGAGGGUACAGACAAGUGAAUUAAACUUUACAACUUCAGAUUUUUUUUUUCCCUCAACAAACUGUAAGAGCUCUUCAAGUAAAACCACAACAAACUCA